AUGGAACCGUCUCCACCUCCUUUGGCUCUCGACGCCGACUUUAUGUGCCCUGAUCCCCUAGAAAAGAUUUUCCAGCAGGUCGAGGAACAAAAUGAGCAGCGGGCGCGCCAGGCUGAGGCUGAAGACAAAGUUGCUGCCAGCCUUGCCCGUGUUGAAUCGUCUGAGAACUUAAGAAAGUCUCGACGUCGGGGAAGCAUUUCCAUCACUCGCUUCGGGCAGCUUGCAACUUCAGAUACCCUCUCAGAUGGCACAAGUGCUCCUACUACCCCUGCGUUGUCCGACAUCGCCGCCAAGUCCCCCUUCUUUCAAGCCCAGCUUCAGAGUCAGAAUCAUUCGCAGGAGUCGUUCGUUUCGGGAACUUCUACCGCCAACCAGCACGAAGAUGACCACCAUGUUACCCAUAUACACACUAUUGCCCCAAAGCAGAGCAUAUCACGCGCUGCUGGCAAACUUAUUCCCCGCCGACUCAGUCGUGCACGGUCAACGGUGAUGCCAUCGACCAACAACGGCGAGAACGUUGUCAUCUCGGUGGCAGCAGCGACUGUCGAGCUCCCUGAAAAUGCCGAACCAGCGGCUACUGUUGUCCAUGCGCCUUUGCGCAAUCAGGCCUCCCAGUCAAGCAUGUCGUCUUCCCUUGCGGGAAAAGGCGGUUCAUGGGUCUCCAAGGCUAAAAAUUUCACCAAGAAGUUUCGCCGGAGGAGCAAGAUGCCGUUGAAAGACGGCUCCACUGCUCCUUGA